AUGUCAAAACCUUCGAUUCUUUUUAUUCCAGGCUCAUAUACUCUACUAUCAGUCUUCCAACCGCUGUUCGAUGCCGUCUCCAGGGAGGGCUAUGAGAUUAAAGGCAUACACCUACCUACCGUCGGCCCGAGCAGCCGACAAGGCAGAGAUACUCCAGGGCCUUCCAUGUAUGAUGAUGCAGCGGUGAUUGCACAGGAAGCCGAGAGACUCGCGGACCAAGGCAAGGAUGUGAUUCUCAUGGGCCACUCCUAUGCUGGUGUUCCAAUGUCCCAAAGCGUAAAGGGACUGGGGAAAGAACAGAGGAAGGCGCAAGGCAAACAAGGAGGAAUCGUUCGUCUUGCUUAUAUAGCCUGCCUCGUCCCUGCUAUUGGAAGGUCAGCUGGGUCUCUCCUGAGCGGAUUGCCAGACGAGAAAAGGCCUCGCAUAUCCAUUGAUCAAAACGGGUGGACAUCUAUAGAUGACCCUGUAGUAACUGCGGGCUUGAUUUGUCAGAAAUUGACCUUCAAGGAGGGCGAAACUCUUGUGAGGGGCUUUGCAAAGCAUUCGGCACAGAGUUUUGGCAAUGAAUUAACAUACGCUGGAUACAACGACGUUGCAGUGUCGUACUUAUUGUGUGAAGAGGACUUGGCCGGCCCUCCUGGUUUUCAGAGAGACAUGAUUGCUAUGAUCGAAGAAGCGAGUGGUCAGAAGGUUGAUGUUACUGGUAUCAAGGCGGACCACUUCCCAAUUUUAACUGCUGAGAAAGAGACGAUUGAGUGGGUCCUAAAUAUCGUAGAGAAUUACAGCAGAACAAAUAACCCAGGAUAA